AUGGAGUCGCAGGCUCUACUGUUUCACAUGUUGCCGGUAGAGCUGGGCAUCAUGGUGCUCGAGCAAGCCUACGCCCUCUCCAACAAUCCCCUCCUUUGGUCCUCCUUCUACCACCGCAUUCUCUUGGCCGCGAAUGCGGGUGAAGAGGACACUACGACGCUGAUGGCCGCGGCAGCUGACGAUGAAGAGGUCGGGGAGAGGGAGGACGACGCGCAGGCACGAGGGCAGUCGUGGGAGCGCUUGUGGCUCCUCGACGCGGGGAUGACCGUGGGCGAGGCCAUCGGCCACUCUCACACCAUCGACUGGAAGCGCGAGUACAUCCGCCGCUUCACGUUCAAGGUGCUGGUGCUGGCGCACCAUGGCGCUCACGGAAGCAGCAGAUACGACAUCAAUCUAUGCAAGCAACUCAAGAGUCAGAACAUCAACUACACACGCAUAUGUCAUCCUGAUUGCCAGGCGGCCAGCCCCAAGGCGUGCAGCGAGUUGGACAACGGUGGCUUCAAGUGCGUACCCUUUACGCCCGAUGUGGCCAAGGACUUCAGCGCCAUCCUGCUCUUUCACGCAACCGCUCCUUCUAAACAGAACAAGGUUGUGAUGGGUGACGUGCUGUAUGAGCACCUGGAGAGCGGCGGUGGGGUGGUGCUGUGCUGCUACGCCUAUCUGAAGGAGAACCAUCUCGCCGGCAAAUGGACGCCCCACUUCUACCCCAUGCCCAGCUCCUCCUUCAGCACUCCUGAGCCACAUGCACGCCACCACCCGUCCCUUUGCAGUAAUCCCAGACUGGGAACGAGCGACGAUCAUCCGAUUAUGAACGGAGUCCGCAAGAGCCGGACCAAGAUCGACAACAGUCGGGACACAGCUCGUUGCAAAACCGACCUACGACCUGGCGCCCACGUCGUCGCACGCUACGCCGAUGGUCCGCCGAUGGUGGUGCUCUACGAUUCCAAGGCCAAUCAAGCCAACUCCAAGCGGCCAUCAAUGCCGAAGGGUCGGGGUAAGGAAGACGACGACUCGGAUUCGGACUCGGAGCCGCGCAACAAGUCGGCCAACAAGCCACCAACCGUCGCCGUCGACGACGAAAAGAGCAACAUCAACAUGGAGGGCAUGACCGAAGAGAUCAAGGAGACGACAGAAGCGGAGACGUGGGGCAAGACAGUGUUCGUGAAUCUCUUCCCGGUGAGCAACGAGGACUCGAGGCUGGGCGGAUGGUACCCGCCGGCACCGCAGAGCGAUAUCCCGCGACUCCUCAGCAACGCCCUCUGCUACGUGGCCAGGAAGAAGACGCCCAACGAGCCUUCUUCUUGA